AUGGAGCGAGGGCAGCGGAAACCGAACAAGUCUGUUUAUGUUGUUGGGCCUUCGUCAACUGGAAAGACGACAUUGUGCAACGCCCUUGCCAAAAAGCUCAACUUGACUGGGACUGCGUACGUGACAGAAGUAGCGCGUCAUGUUAUGAAGUCAAAGGGUUAUACGAGAGACGACAUUGGGUCUCUCAAAAUGCAGGAAGAUAUAUUGAAUGCGCAUCUCGACCUCGAGGAAACGAAGGAAAACUCCAGCGCUAUCCGACUUUGGGACAGAUCAGCAAUAGACGCAAUUGUGUAUGCCAUAUUAACCUCACCGAACGACGAAGAAGCCCGAAGACGCCAGGAGUAUCUCACUCGUUCGGCGAAAUUUCAACAAGUACUCCGACAUUACCGCCAAUCUACGUUCAUUCUCCUCAAGCCUGUCGAGGAGUGGCUCGUCGACGACGGCGUUCGUUCGAUGGAUAACCAAACGGAAUGUCUCCUGAUAUAUAGGAAGCUAUUGUCCGAGCUGGGGAUCACCUAUCGAGAAAUUGGGCCUGAGAUGAAGGACUUGGCGGAAAGAGUGGGAUUUACAAUGUUGGCAAAGCUGUGA